AUGGCAACCAACUUAGCCCAGUAUGAACUCGUACUCCUCGGCGCCUCAGGUCAUACUGGAAAGCUUUGUGCCGAAUACAUUGCUGCUAAGCUACCACCUGACCUUCGUUGGGCAAUAGCCGGAAGAGACGCCAACAAGUUGGCGAUUUUAUUUGAGUGCUUGAAAGCUCGCGACCCGGUCCGAAAACCGCCAGGAGUUGAAGUGAUCCAGCUUAACUCUGGCCAGCUUCAUAGUCUAGCCAAGAGAACGCGUCUUCUGAUCACUACCAUUGGGCCAUAUAUGCGAUAUGGCUCUCUAGUGGUUGAAGCCACGGGCGAGACACCUUGGGUGAGGCAGAUGAUUCAUAGUUACCAUCACACUGCGAAAGCAAACGGCGCAAUGAUGAUUACACAUUGCGGUAUUGAGAGCGUCCCUGCCGAUAUCUUAACACUGGCUAUGGUGAAUCAUAUCCAACAGAAGUUCUCCUCUCCAACUUCUGAGGUUAUCACUAGUAUUCACUCGAUUAAUCACGAGUUAACCUCCGGAACCAUUGCAACGCUGCUCUCAUUUGCUGAAGUGUAUACACUUAACGAACUUAUUACGUCUUUAAGCCCAUACGCAUUAUCUUCUCGUUUCAACAUCUCAAACACAAUCUCUCAGUAUGCAGCAUUCUUUGAAGGACUCACCAGCAUCCAUCGCAUCCAUGAACUCGGGGUCUUGUCAGAAUGCAUUCAGGGCAGGAUUGACACAGCUCUAGUGCAUCGCAGCCGGGAAUUACUCGCAGAGAGCCUGCCUAGAUCGUACAGCCCUUCUUUCCGUUUCAAAGAGCUCAUGCGAUUUGAAGACCCUUUGCUUGCCUUACUCUUCCAUUGGAGGUGGAAGAUGUGUAUUCUGCUAUUCUGCUUCCCGCCUUUUCGCUGGGUUAUGAGAUACAUCUAUUGUAAGGUGCCUCCUAAGCAUGGUGCGCCCUCAGCGAAGACGGAAUACGCGAAUUACCAUGGCAUCGCCACCGCUGACACGGCAGAGCGUCAGAAAGUGUUUGCUGUGUUCGAAUGGAGCGGAAGCCCGUACCUGUUGACGGCAUUAGCUCUUGCUGAGGCUGCGAUGGUUCUGCUGAGGGGUAACAGUGACUGUUUGAGCAAGCUCGGAGGUGGCAUCAUGACGCCUGCCUGUCUAGGGCAGGAAUACAUCGACCGACUUAGCAAUGCGGGGGUGAAGAUUGAAGUUAAUAGCCUCUAA